AUGUACGAAUCCAAUGCAGGUUAUUUUUACUCCGCGGGACAUGACCGUAGCAUUUGCUUCUUCGUCUUCAUCCAUGGAGAAGCUGAAGGUCGGCGAUCGAAAUCGCCUACGGAAGGGACCACGCUAAGCUCUCUUCUCUGCAACGCUCUCUCUCUCCUUCCUCUACUUGGUGUCUUCUCUCUACAAGCUCCGUCUGUCCCUUCGUCACCACUUCUACCUCUACGGCAUAUUUCGCAAGCACUGGGUUAUGGUGGUGGGGAUGAAGCCAAAAUGCUUAGAAGGCAUCUUGCUGGGAGUACCAUUAAAGUAUGCAUUGGAGCAGACAGGAGAGCUUCUGCUGCAUGAACAAGUAGGUAAUCUUCCCAAGUCCGAAAAAAUUAGUGCUGUUACUCUGGAUGAUAUUGUCUUCUUUGGGCUUUCUCUUUUGGGCUUCCUUAAAUUGCUUCUUCUGUUAGGGGAAAGUUUUCACACCCUUAUAAAUGGUGGUUUUGUUCCCUUCCCCAACCAAUGUGGAACA